UCAAAUUUGUAGUUAGAUUAUUAUCUUUGGGGCAAACAUCAAAGCUCUUCUGUUGCUUGUAAAUAUUGACUCUGUUGUGCAUCUGAAAAUUCCAAGGUGGUCAAACCUUAUUUCGACCGUGUUAGUUUGGAUACUGGCAGAACUGUAGCUUAGCAAGUACAGCUUCAAAAAAAGUUUUGUGUAGCUUUAAACUUUACAAAAUUAAGUUGCUUGUUUUAGUAAAAAAUUACCCAAUCAAAAGACAGACAUGGAUGAAAACUGUAAUGCAACAAGCAAUUUUGAGACAUUUGAUGCAGCCGAAAAAUCACCUAUAAGUAGUAAUGAACCAAGUGAAAAUAAACGGUUAACCGUUUUUAACGAGUAUCAGUGUAUCGAUGAAAUGAACACUGCUGAGCAAGCCCCACUACCAACUUACAUGCCUCCACCCGUAUACCCCAACAAAGCUCAUGACCCAAACCAUCACUAUGAAGAAUUACCAAGCCCCUCUAUGGUAGAGACGAUUAUAGCUUCCAAUAACGGCCACGUACAACCAGCAAGCAACGCCCCAACUGAAACAUACGAUGAUGCUCGUGACAGUGGGUGCUCACAAUUCUCACAGCCUGAAGCCGACCAACAAAUGAUGCAACUCGAUCGACUUGACUCUGGUUUUUCAAGCUUUACCGGCACAAAGAUACCAGUACCACUGACACAGCAGCAGUUAAAACCAAGUGUGAAGCAAAAUAAUCCAAGGAAGAAGCAAAACCCACUCUACGAGGAUUUUAGUGUUCAUACGCUUGGAGAAAAGAAGGUCUUUGAUAUCGAUGAUGAUCCUAAGAAGCCCUCAUCGUCCUGUUGUGGUAGCAAAUUGAAAUGUUUCCGUAAUAAUUGCAUCAUACCUGUUGUUAUACUUUUAGCUGUUGCAGCGAUUGUCCUAGUCUUGCUAAUGGUCUUUGGUGUUGUGGAACAAAAAGAAACUGGAGACAGUGCAUUUGCUGAUAAAGUGAUUGGCCGUCCAUCAACGUUAUCGCCAAGUGAUUGGCCAACUGUGGAUCCUAGCAUGUCAACAGAGUAUCUACUGAAGAAGGUUCUGGAGCAACAAGAGCAGCUACUGGCUUUAACACAGAAGAUUGAGGAUCUAGAAAAUGCUUUAUCUGGCAACGGAGACGAUCCACUGAAUACUUCGGAUAGUACUCGUAUUACGAUGAACUCUAAUAAGAUCAAAGAGUUGGAGAAAAGUUUGGAGGAUCACAAAAGCAGCGCAUCUGCCCAGUUCAACGAUGUUGAGUCAAAUGCUGAUAAUGCCUUAGUUGCUAUAGCAACUUUGCAACAAAAGCAAAACACAGAUGACGAGAAUAUCAAUGCCAGGGUGGAUACCAUCAAUACUCAAUUGUCAGCUCGCAUUGACGCUCUUUCUACCAGUCAGGCUGAUAUCUCAAGCAAGGUAACUAUGCUUGAGGUGACAGACAUGAGCUUAGAUCAAAAAUUGAUGACGGUCAACGCCACCCUUACCCAAGAAGUUGAUACGGUUAGCAAGAUGCAAGGCCCCAGGGGUUACAAUGGAUCCAAGGGAGAUCCGGGGGCUGGGGAUCUCAGCCUAUGUUCCUAUGAGAUAGCUCAGCAUGGAAGUGGUACAGGUAGUACCACAACAGAUGUUACCAUGACACCAAGUGCUGAUCAAGUGGUGUUCGGAGUGACCUGUUCAACUAAAGGUGGAAGCGCCUACAUUCUUAAAGUGUCAAAUAGUCCUUCCGCACCGGGACAGAAGCAAUACACAUGCCAGUGUGCGGGAACGGAUGAUCCGUUUAACAAUAGCCCCGCUGCGCGUUAUUGUUACCUUCAUUAUUGGCAAUGCCCUGUAAGCAGUUAGAUUACCAGCUGUCAUAUACAACAUGUUUUGAAAUUACAGGAUUGAAUAGGCCUACACAUCCACCCUGAAUCAAUAAUAUGUUGCACAAUUCUAUAUCAAAAAUACUUAGGUGGUUGAAAGAACUAUGUAAAAUGUGUGAGAACACAUCAAUCUAAACCAUAAAACGUCUAGAAAUUAACCAAAGAAACAGAAAAGGAUCAGAAUCAAAACUCCAACUACCAGAAAUUAUAUGACUGCCACAUAAACCAUAGGAUCUCUUAUGAUAUGGGUAUUAGAUUAGCCUGUCCUUAUCAUUAGACUUCAUAGGUGAGAGUUAUGUGAUAUGUGUAUCUGGUUGUAAAAAAAAAAAAGAUUAUUCCUGUAAUCAAACAUGUGUCAUGUAGUAGUAGAUAAAAACAUUGGGUUUACAAAUCCAAACAUACCAUGAAUGAUUGAAUAAGUAUUGCUUUUAAACAAGCACCUCACCAAAUGUGAUUAACAACUCUCAAAGAGUUACAACCACGGAUAAUGUGGUUUCAUUGGCUAUAGAGGGCUCACUUCAUUAUGCACCACAUGUUUCUAUCUGAGAUUUUGAAACAUUGUAAUUUAAUGUUCUUACCUAGUGCCCUUUACCUGGUAACAAUGUGUAUAUAUGAUGUAAAUAUUCUUAAUUGCUGUACAUACAUUCCAGCACAACCAGAUGUGUGUAGAGGUGUAUCUGAUCUGAUUUAAGUAUUGAUAUAUUUA